UCUUUCCUUAUUUCUUAAUUUUUUCGAUUUUUCCUUUAAAGUUUCAUCUGUAAAAACAAUUUGUCAACAACAAACUGACGAAUCACUUUUGAGUUUGUUCUUUCUGGGAGUUGUUUAACUUAAUAAAAUUGAGAGAUAAAUUAAUCAUACACAAUGGAGACGCAGACGGAAAAUAAUAAACUUUCCCCACAAGAUACUUACGAGUAUUUAAAAGAAGUUCAGAGGGAAAUGCAAAGUGAAAUUGACGAAUUAACAGAGGCGAUAAAAAAUAAUCCCAGCUCGUCAUUAAAUAGUAACACAACAAACGAAAAUAUUGUGGAAAAGAAAUUGCGAUUUUUCGAAAGUUUAAAGAGACUGAUUCUAAUGGAAAAUCCGAAAAAUUAUCUCGAAACAGAAUCGAAGGAUAUAUACACGACUGCAGUUAAAAAUUUGCAAGAAGAACAUCAGAAUAUGAGCACAUUAUUAGAUAAUCUAAAUAAAGAAUUGUCUAGACUUAAAAGUGAUGUUUCUUAUUACGAGGAUAAAAUAUCAGGAUACGAAAAAAUGAAGAAAGCAGCCUUAAAUGCUAAUGAAAUUGAAUCCCAAGUCACCUAUGAAGAAGAGUAUGCUCUAGUGAGAAGAAUUUUCAAUUCUGUCAAAUCUGAUCUUUCAAAAACUCUCGAUCUGAUUUUUCCCGAUAACGACGAAAUUAUCAAUUUUUUAAUGCAUCUAUCAAAAAAGCAACUACAAGGCGGAGACGAUGUUUACGAAGAUAUAAAUGACGAAAAUUUGAAAUUUGUAAAUUUUCUCAAUACACUUGGCAUUGUUGUUUAUCAUCCUCAUAAUUCAAAUAAGUGUAAAAUGGCAAAUUUACUGUAAUAAUAAUUUACCUGAAUAAUAAUUGGAGUUUCGCUUUUG